AUGUUGCCUUCCGAGCAUAACAUGGCAUCGGAGAAGUCUUCCUCGCUAUUUCACCAAGACUUGACGCCGCCAGAUAGCCCAACAAAGGGAACAGUUGUAUCUCAAGCUAUUGUGAGGGAUCUGAAGCAUCUCUUUGGCAUAUUUCUUGAAAAGGUGCUCGACCCUACCAACCAAGAGCCCCCAAACACUCCUGUUUGCCAUGACCAGUCCCUUCCCGGGCUUGACAAGGUUCGGCAGGCGCUGGACUAUGUCUCAGCUGAACUUUCCGUGGCAAGUAAGCCUGCUCAGUCUUCUUCCGCAGGAGACGAACUCGAGAAUGUUCCUGAUGAAGAUGGGUUUGAUCCCAAGCGUCCCAUUUUUACAACGUCAGAGUACUUCCAAUCAUUUGAGAAGUGGUUGCCAUCCCAAUUCAAGACAGUCAAAGAAACCUGGAACAAAGAUACUUGCAAAUACAAGAUUGCGGAAUCGACUGAAACAAGCGAUGUCCUGGACGAGUAUGCCAAAUAUGCAUUCAUAGUUCGCGAGCGUGUGGACCGAGUUUCCGAGGACGUGACGUCGUACAUUGACAUCCAGUCGAAAGGCCUGCGCGACAUCCUGCGCGUGGUUCUGGACGGCAUCAAGACCAUCAGCCUGAUGGAGGACAAGCCAUCGAUCGAGCAAAAGACCCUUUUCCAUUUUCUCCCAGAGUUGGACAAGUAUGCUGGAAAUAUGAACCACCCAGAAUGUGAAUUACCACGUCAGCAUCUCUGCUUGCUCAUCGACCACCUCAAGGAAGCAUAUUCAACCAUCUCGCAGCGUCUCGAGUCAAUGCUGCUGCACAACCACAUUACUUAUGACCUCCUCUGGGGGCUUUUUAAACCGGGCUCUCAUGUUUUCACAAGAUGCUUCGGUACAAAAGAGCCACGGUGUGUCAUAUUCGACGCUGGGGAAGAGAUCACACAGAAUGAUGAGACGUGGUUCAACCUUGAAUGCCGAUUCCUCGAUUAUGAUGGAGUCAAAUUCGGCGAGGCUGGUAUCUUUCUACGCCUUGCAAAAUUCCGAGGGUCGAAGCCGAUCGAGAGCCUAGAGGCCUUCCCUCUUCGCCACCAUCCAAGUCACAACCAAGUCCGGAGAGAGCUAGUCGGAAGAGGCCAAAAGUUUCGGGAUUUGGCCGGCUCGCACAUGCGGCACUGUAAAGGCAACGCAUUCUUUAUGAACAAGGGGAAGCCCGUCAAAGCCAAGAUCGACAGUCGAGUCGCAGUGGACGCCGCCUUUUUCCAUGAAAUGCAGCCAAAUUACUCCCGACCGUCUCUCCGCGAUCUAGGGGUGAAAGAAAAAGAUGGCAUUCAAGUCUUUGAUAUUGACGCAAUGUUCAUGGAAGACCGUGAGCGAGAGAAGGAGAGAAUGCGAGGAGAUGGCGUAGAUGCGCGAGAGCUGAGCGAAGCCGAUUUACUAGUCGCGUGCCCAACCGUUUGCUGUUUCAGUUUCAAGGAGAAAAUGUUCUUGGAGUGCGCAGUCAGUGCUCUUAGUGACAUUGAUUGGUCACCUGGAUCAUUUGAUUGUCUUCAGAUUCCAUCGGAUACCAAGACAAUGCUCUUGUCGCUGGCGAAAACGCGUCUAGGUCUUAUACCAACCGUACCUUUCGACGACGUGAUCGAUGGCAAAGGCCAAGGGCUUAACGUGCUACUAAACGGUCCGCCAGGCGUCGGGAAGACUUUUACUGUCGAGGCAACGUCGGAAUAUCUGCGGGUGAGCUUGUUGUCGACCAUGGGGACUUCCCACGCACUUGAAUCACAACUUGAAAUCAUCUUCAAAAUUGCAAAGCAUUUCAAUGCCAUUCUUCUUUUGGACGAAGCGGAUGCGUUCAUGGCGAGUCGGACCGAGUUCCACGAUAGUCACAAUCGCUUGGUCACCGUAUUUCUCCGAAAGCUUGAGUAUUAUCAGGGAGUGCUUUUCUUGACCUCAAACCGAGGCAUACACUUCGAUGAAGCAAUUCUGAGCCGAACUCAUUUGAUAAUCGAGUACCAGGAUUUAACAAGAGACUUCCGCAGGGGUCUCUGGUCCACCUUCUUGGCCAAAGCUCGAACAAUGAAAGGACCCGCUGUAGUUUAUAAGGACGAGAUUCAGCAUUUGGAGUCCUUGGCUCUCAAUGGACGAGAGAUCAAAAAUAUCGCGGCGAUCGCACAAGCUCUUGCUGAGGCAGAUACCGCGCGGGUCACUUAUAAGUACCUGGAGUUAGCAGCGGAAUCGAACAAGAAGUUCUCGAAGGAAUUUGGGAGGAAGGAUCCUGUUGAAGGGAUGUAUGUCUAA